AUGCAGUACGACCUGUAUCAGUAUGGAACCUCACAGGCAUCCUUCUACCCGACGACACAGCCCACAAAGAUUCCCGCGGAGUACAACGCGGCCACUAUUGACCAGACCGACCGACGAAGAAGACGGUCCGGCAGCACCUCGGCCCCUACAGCCAAGGACAAGGAAUCCAUCCCCAACAUGCACAUGCGACGUAGGGCUCAAAACCGUGCAUCGCAACGGGCUUUUAGAGAACGGAAAGAAAAGCACGUCAAGGGCCUCGAGCGCCAACUAGAGGACCUUCACGAGAAGCACCAAGAUCUCCUACAGUCAUAUACCCGACAGGCCGAUGAGGUGUCCAAGCUCAACGGCCGGAUAUCAGAGCUGACCGCAGAGCUCAACGCUCUAAGAUCGUGUCAGGACCAGUCAUUCAGCGAGAUGUUGAUGCCCGACAAGUUCGACAAGUUCGACGCCUUCUCAACUCCAGACAACAUGCUCUACAAUGGACCCGAAUGCUACUUUGACAAGAAUGCCGUCGACCUCAAUUCAGAGUUCGCGUUACAUUCAUUCGAGGAUUCAUUGUAG